UCUAGUUUCCCACAUACUAGCGGAUUCUGGUAUCUCAUUCGUAAUAUUGCAGAAUCAAAGUUUCAAACCCUGCGAUUAGAUACAGUUCAAUAUAGUUUCAUUCAUAAUAAGAAUAAUAGCAAACAACAAAUAGAAAACGAAUUUCAGUUCAAUGAAAUAAUAGCGGAUAUUCAACCAAAUGAAAAAGGUAAACGUGAAGUCAAUAUUUCAAUCCAAGUAACAGGAAGGAAGGCAUAUAGUGAUUGGGAAAUUGGCGAGGCCCUAAAUGAGUGCAUCAAAGGGGCUAUUGCCCAACUUAUUGCUGAACUUAAAAAAAGGAAAAGUGCAUUUGGCAUUGUCAAUCGAAAUGAAUCAACUUUUCGAGAGUUCAUCUCAUCUUUAAUGUCCACAGCA